CGCUGUAUGUGGGCAGGUACGCAGGCAAUGUGGAUAUAUAUAAAGAGGAGAUGAGCGUGUUUUCUUCACCCGUCGUUUGUUGCCAUCAUGGAGCUGAAAACGGUUGUUGUGACUCUGUGCCUCGUUGCUUUGGCCAUCGACUCUACAGAAGGUGGCAUCAUUAAAUGCUGCGUGAAAACCAGAAAGACCAUCCCCAAGCCGGUACUCAUGAAGGUCCAAUCGUGGUACUUGCAGGACAGCACCGGACCUUGUGACAUCGACGCUCUCGUCAUGUACGUGGGGGCCUGGAAAAAGCCCAUUUGUGCUGACCCCAGCAUGGAGAAAGAUCUGAACAGGGUUCAGAAGAUCCAGCAGACGAUGCUGGGAAAAGUACGCCGAUCAGCGGCGUGAGCAUCUGACGUUGACUUGUGGUUUUGGAACAUUCCUAAUCAUGACUGCUCCUGAUCAAUUCGCCUGGGGCUUGUGGUACUUUUUGUUUGUUGGUGUGUGUGUGUGUCACUUAUCUCAUUUCUAUUUUUAUGAAGCCAAACUCAUUCCGGGAAUCAUUUCACCUACAAAUAAAGUCAGCCAUGUUGUAUUGAAUAUCAGGCGUGUAGUAUUUGACUACAUUUCGUUGAUCAACUUGAAACAUGAAGAUAAUAAUAAUUUCUUACUUUUACAUAUCUUAUGAUGAGUCAGUAGCAGCUUUUCAUCUGUUUAUAGUGAACCCUUGUUACAUCAGGGAUAAGCCACCAGUGAAAUCAGUUGCUAAAUUGGUUUCAAAUAUUAAUUAGAGAUUGACAGAUUAAAAAGGAGCAAAUACAUACAACCUCAGCAGCCCACUUAAAUAUUCUACAUGCUUAGGGCACCUGCUAAUGACCUGAAGGUCAUAUGAACCAAAUCCUUUGUAGUGUGAUAUCAUAAGAAAACAUGACUGUCAAAUGAUUAGGGUUAUACAUCUAUUAUUUCUCCGUAUAAUGUUCCCCGAAUGACUCAUGUUCAGCCUUGUGAUCAUCGUCCUCGGAGGCAUGAUAGGCACAAGGUAAACUGAGUCUGAAAACAAGUUUUUUCAAAUGAAAAAAAAAAAGGCAGAAUGUUUCCGUCGCAGUUCGGACCGAACCUUCAGAGUGGAAGGUUACAUAGUCUUCUUGAUCAAUGAUCUCUUAAGCGCUGGGUUUACACUAACCAAAAAUGCUGCCACUGAGGUAAUAUUAAACUGACCAAAAAAAUUCCUCUACAUGUA